AUGGCGACGCCCUCGUUCAGAGAUUCUAUGAACUCUUUGGGUUGGUCAAGGCGCGAUGAUUUGCCCGCAAGUACAGCUCAGCGAACUGGGUUCCUACCUACUAUAACGUCCUUGAAUCCGUUCAGAAAUAAUGAUUACGUCCAAUUGCCCACCACAGAGGGAACCGGAGCAUUUCUUCCCGCUCGUACUAGACGCGAAGAAGAAGAAGCAUGGUUUACCAGUAAGCCAAUUUCUAUAGUGAGCAGAUGGGAUCGACUUCUGUUAUUUGGUUGCUGUAACAUUGGAGCCCUGGCCUGUUUCGUUCUAUGCUUUGCCCUUUGGCCAAUAAUGAUGGCCAAGCCACGCAAAUUUGCUAUUUUGUGGUCAUUGGGAUCUACUUUAUUCCUUGCGUCGUGGGCAGUAAUGAUGGGUCCUUGGGCCUAUGUUUCCCACUUGAUGUCAACACCACGUUUACCAUUUUCAGCAACUUACUUUGGUUCAAUUUUGUUGACUAUCUACUUCAGUGUAGGACUCCAAAGCACGCUGUUGACCCUGUUUUCAUGUUUUAUACAAUUGGGAUGCCUGCUGUGGUAUCUGGUGAGUUACUUUCCGAUGGGUUCAUCUGGAUUAAAGCUUGUCACUAGUUUCGGUACACAAAGGGCGGCUGCGUGGAUGAGUGGAUAG